UGAUUUUAGAAGAAAAUUGAUAUACUGGAGAAAUCUUCAGCAUUCAUACCAAAAUCUACAGUAUGUGGAACAGUACACCGUUUACCUCCUCAGAAUAAAUGUACCAUGAUAAAAAGAUGAUGGGAGGAGUGCGGCUUUGACUCGGUACCCUUAGUUAUAUUUACUUUUAGACUUUACUUUUAUACAGAUGAGAAUUAAAAACGUACAUUAACAUUAAAAACGUCCACUGAAUUAUUUUCCUAGUUUCGUGUGAUUUUUGAAACUUUUCUACAGUUUUAGUGCGUGAAUCAGUGAUUUUUUAACGAGAAAAGUACAUAUUAUUUGUGAUUAAAAUCUUUCGUGCCGGUAAAAUUUACUGUGCCAUAUUAUUCAUGUCCGAGUGAUUCCAGUUUGAUUUUCGUAUCCAUUGUGAUCACUCGACGAAGAAGAAAAUGGACAGACGCACCAACUGCUACCUCAAUUCAGCCUACAACAACGACUACGACGAUUACAUCGAAACAGCAUCACAGCUGAGCUUCGAUAGCAAAGGCCAAUCAUACGAAUCGGAAAAUGAAACCUACGUAGACGAAUUCCUGGACGACUACACCAUAUGCUACACCGAAGACACUCGCAUACCUACCAUCGAACCACGGGCCACUCGAUCCAGCAUAAAUUCUUCGCAAAAACUACGAUACGAGGCCAUAAACGCAGAUUCAUUCAACGAAAGCAUAUCUUCAAAACACGAUAUUUCCAAACUAACGUCUACGCCGAAAAAGCAACAAAUCAGACCUCAAUUAAUAUGCAGCCCAUCGGGACGAAAAUUACCCCACCGGAGGAACACCCUAGUUCGGAGUCAAUCCAUCUGCAUGCCAGGACGAAACAUAGAAAGUACUUUCGUUGAAAAUAACCAUCUUUCGCCAAAUAUACGCAGAAGUAAAUCAUCUUUGAGUUUGAGCAAACAAAGAUACGAAGAUCCAAGACCACGAGAUCAACGACAAGUAGUGAAAUUAACAGCCGGACAGAGUCAUCCUAGAGGUGUCUCGAGGAGCAAAAGUUUUCAUAAUUUUACCGAACCAUCGAUACAACGCACUGUUCGAUCCGUUUCUCCAUUCCAAAUACGUGAAAGUAACGCUGACCUUUAUGGUUCCAGAAGAAGCAAUCAGUCAUUUCUACGAAGACCCUACGAUUUGAAUUCUUCCUUUUCGUCUACCAGACCGCUCAUGUCGCAAAGAAACUUGGCAGUGAUUUCACCAAUUUAUAAAAAAACCUCGUCACAUUCGGUCGAAUUAGAUUCGACUCUAAGAAACGCAUUUACUAUAGCCGCAGAUCGAUCUACAUCAUCAUCUUGUAAAAGUGCUUGGGUACAAGUCAAAAAACAAACCAUACCAUUGUGCACUCUACGUUCCUCAGCUAUCACGUUGUUAAUUAGUGGCACACUCAGUUGUCUAUUCUGCCUUCAUAUAAUUUCAAUGAAGGGUAAAAGCUACGAGCUUACUUUUAGUCUUUUUUCCGGAUUUGUAGCACUUUUAUUAGGAUUCCCUUGUUUACGCUUUCAAGAAUGGCAAUGGCUGCCUAAUCGAAAUUAUGUUUCCGGGUAUGUCGUUUUGAGCCUAUUCAGCGUAAUGCAAACGUGUGCUUUAUGGAUCAUGGAUCAGUUGCCUGAUUUGGAGCCUGAAUAUUUAGAUUUGAUACGUGGUGUAUUAUACGCUCUUUCUGGUUUAUCGUUGGGUAUUGCUUUAUUGGGAGUGUCUAGUUCGUGCUGCUGUAAAUAUCCACCUCCUGACAAUAGAGUAACCCAUGGGGUGCAAGGAUUCACAGUUUAAUUUCUAUACCUAUUUAGUCGUUUUACUACUUAAAAGUUGAACAUUUUUUUUACAUUUUUUGUUAGCAUUAGGUAUUUGUGUUUGAAUUUAAUGAUGUAUUUAUGUACGAACAAUAUAUUUGUAUACAAUUUUUCACGUUAUAAUAUGUACGAAAAUUAUUGUGCCAAUUACAUAAUGUUAUAA